AUUCGCUUUUUUUUCUAAAGGGGCGUAUUUUUCUUGCCAAUUUAAUUACAAACCAACGUUCAAUGCACACGAUACACUCUGCAAUAAUGUCAGUCGACUAUUUGCUACAUUUGAGCAUCAUGUCAAGGUGAUAUUAUUGUGCAGAAAGCCAGGAUGAGGGUUUAAGAGCGUUUUUGUGGGAAGUCUCUUCAAUGGAGGGUUGAGGUAACGUUAGCCCGUCUUGUUACAGAAGAGGACGCUGUCGCUCCUGGAUAUGACCGGCAUUCCCUCUCGUUUCGUGUAAUCAAUAAAAGAGUAUCUAUGUCCAUUCAUAUUUUAAUGUUUGACUAGAGGACAACCUCAAUGAGGAAGUGUAAGAAACGAGUUGGCCAGUCAAAAGCUGGAAGGGAAACGGACAAAGGAAUAGGUCAGGGCCAUGCCGAUAUGGAUGCUCUACUCUGUCCGCCCUCUCCAUGCAGACUGAACUUCCCUGCGACUAGAGACACUCUUACGUACGCGCAGGCUCAGAAGAUGGUGGAGAUCGAGCUGGAGGGCAGGCUCCACCGGAUCAACAUCUGUGACCAGCUCUCAGUCGUAACAGAGGAUGAGAUGUUGGCCCAGGACCUCACGGAGUGCAACAGCAACAAAGAAAACAGCGUGCAGAGUCGAGCGAGGCAGGGAAACAAACAAGUCGUUUCUAAAAGCAGGAAGAAAGAUGGCAAGCAUGCAGCUAAAAGUCGACGAUCUGGUUCUCAGUGUAGCUCGCAAAGCCAUGUCUAUUUGACACACCACAUCCAAAGCCCCCUGCCUAAGCCUAUGUUUCGUAAGGUGGAGAAGUUCACGCCAUCACCAGCUCCUCCUCUUCCUGUGGCUUAUUACCGCUACAUGGAGAAGUCUGGGGAGGAGUUGGACAAUGAAGCCGAGUAUGACAUGGAUGAGGAGGACAUGGCUUGGCUAGAGAUUGUCAACCAGAAACGUGUGUCUGACGGUCACGCUUCAGUUCCCCCAGACACGUUCGAGCUACUGAUCGAUAGACUUGAGCGAGAGUCCAUUUUAGAGUCUCGCAGUCAGGCGCUGUCCCAGAGCACCAUCGAUGAGGAAGCCUACUGUUGCGUUUGUCUCGACGACGAGUGUCUCAACAGCAACGUCAUCCUGUUCUGCGACAUCUGCAACCUCGCUGUGCACCAGGAAUGUUACGGGGUGCCUUACAUCCCGGAAGGCCAGUGGCUGUGCAGAUGCUGCCUGCAGUCCCCGUCACGUCCUGUGGAUUGCAUACUCUGUCCGAAUCGGGGAGGUGCGUUCAAACAAACCAGCGAUGGAAACUGGGCCCAUGUCAUUUGUGCCAUAUGGAUACCUGAGGUGUGCUUUGCCAACACUGUGUUUCUGGAACCCGUGGAGGGAGUGAAAAACAUUCCUCCGGCAAGAUGGAAACUCACCUGUUACCUCUGUAAGCAGAAAGGCAGGGGGGCGUCUAUUCAGUGUCACAAAGCAAACUGCUACAGGGCGUUUCAUGUUACCUGUGCCCAAAGAGCUGGGCUCUAUAUGAAAAUUGACCCCGUGCGAGAGACUGGCACAAACGGCACUACUUUUACUGUGAAGAAGACAGCGUUCUGCGAGAACCACUCUCCCCCUGGCGCAGGCGGCGAAGGGAAUGAGGACAAUGGAUUGGUCGGAGGCAGGGGUAAAAGGGGUCAGAGGUCAUAUAUGUUAAGCCCUCCGCUGCAGCAGAACCAGAAUGGGCGUAAAAAAGGUUCAGCCACGCAACAAAAGAAAACGCAGAAGAAUGCAGCCAGGGGCUCACGUAAGACAAGAGUGCCUCUCCUUCUGGUGCCACAGAUUCCAUCUUUUAGGCUCAACAAGAUUUGCACUGGAGUAUCUGUUGAGAGAAAGAAUCAAUUCAUGCAGAGACUUCACAACUACUGGCUGUUAAAACGUCAUUCACGUAAUGGAGUACCGCUCAUCCGCCGACUUCAUUCGCAUCUACAGACUCAGAAGUUGGAGCAGAGAGAACCGGAUGCAAAGUUGCAGGCUGUCAGAGAGGAGCUGAAGUACUGGCAGAAGCUUCGUCAAGACCUGGAAAAAGCGCGACUUCUUAUCGAGCUCAUACGGAAGCGAGAGAGACUAAAAAGAGAACAGAUGAAACUUCAGCAGGCUGCGCUGGAGAUGCAGCUCACCCCUGCGCUGGUGUUUCUCCGCUCAACACUGGAGCAGCUGCAGGAGAAAGACACGGAUCAUAUUUUCACUUCGCCCGUCAAUCUGAAGGAGGUACCAGAUUAUCUGGAGUUUGUUACCGAGCCGAUGGACUUCUCUAAAAUGCACGACAGACUGGAAGCUCAUAAAUACAUCUCGGUGGCUGAUCUGGAAAGCGAUUUUAAUCUCAUGAUAUCCAACUGUCUGAGGUACAACUCCAAUGACACUGUGUUCCACAAGGCUGCCAUGCAGCUGUGGGAAGUGGGAGGAGCUAUCUUGAGACACGCCCAACAUCAGGCUCUCAGCAUAGGCCUUGAUCCCAGCACAGGCACGCACCUGCCAGACAAGCACAGCACAAAUGGCUCCACAGUCUCCUGGUUGGAUGAAGUUGAUUUGCUCUUGGAUCCUGAAAACCGAGUUCACAUGUCUCCAGAGGACCAGCUGAAAAACCUGCUGGACAAACUGGAUCUGGUGACGUCCAUGCGCACCAGCGGAGGCCGCACAAAACGCAUGCGCCUCCUGCGAAGAGAAAUUAACAGUCUCCGUCACAAGAUCAGCCACCAGGGACGCAACUCGCGACGCCUGAACGGGAAAAUGAAAGAGGAAAAGAGGAAAGAGGAAAAACGUGUGGACAAGAUGGAUUUCAUAAGCUCCCAUGCAGACCCCAAAAAAUCGACGUCACGAAAAGCUCAAGAACCCAGUUGUCCGGCCUCUUCACCUUUACCUGGAGAUGCUCCACCAAACCCACCCCUGUUCACCCUUGAGACUGGAAGAACCACCACAUCAGGACAGUCAAAUAAAUCUGGCGGCAGAAGACAAAAAGGGAAAACAAAAGAAAAAGGUCAGAGUGAAGAUCAUGAUGAGACUGAAGAAAAAGAAGAAGAGAACUUCCACUCAAAGAAACAUGACACAGUGGCCUCCAGUCCGCAAGAGGAAGCUGUCAACAUGGUUUCCUCCCCCAAGAUGGGUGUGGGUCGUCGCACAUCUGUCCUCUUCAAGAAAGCUAAAAACGGUGCCAGGUUAACGAAGGAAAAAUCAGUUUUAUUGCAAAAUGGAGUCAGCAAAGUUGAAAAUGGAAUCUCACAACACGAGCAUACCCCUCAAACCAAAUUACAGUCAGCAAAAUCCACGUUUCCUUCACUACACCAACUGAGAUCCAGAGGACCAAGCACGUGUUCAGACAGCGAGGGUGAAAAGUCCCACUCGCUGCCUGAAGAGAACGGCUUGACAAAUGGACUCAAGAGGCAAAAUGGGAACUCUUCAGAUUCAGAAAGCUGCACUCCCACUUUCCCAACACACAGUUCCCCACCACCAAAACGCAGUCGUGGUAAACCAGCUAUGAGCAAAGUUCCUGUUGGUGCAGUGAAUGGAGUUUCCACAAGCAGAGCGGUUUCUCAAAACAAUGAUGAAAUGGAGCCUCUUACCUUAGUCUGGGCGAAAUGUCGUGGUUACCCAUCAUACCCUGCAAUGAUUGUCAACCCCAAAAUGCCCCGGGAAGGAAUUCUUCACAAUGGGAUUCCCAUCCCAGUGCCUCCUAAAGAUGUUUUGAAUUUAGGCAGACGCAGACAGGAGGUGACUAAUGAGAAGCUCUUCCUUGUGCUCUUUUUCGAUACCAAGAGAACCUGGCAGUGGCUGCCAUUGGAUAAGCUCCAUCACAUGGGUGUUGAUGACACAGUUGACCGACUUCGUCUGAUGGAGGGCAAGAAACCAAAUGUACGGAAGUCCGUGCACAUGGCUUACGACAGAGCAAUGACACACCUUAGCCAAGUGCAGGAAAACUCAACUUUUAACCCCUCAAAUUUUAUAUAAAGCACUUGAAUAUGAAAUGUACGUCUGAAACUGACUGAAAGAUGUUAAUGAAGGUAUAAGGUAUGAAGAUAUGUGAAUGUCUAUUGGUUUUUAUACCAGCUCUUAAGUUUUAAAUCAUGUCAUUGUUUUACUGUCUACCUUUUACUGUCUGUGACUCAAGGCACAUCAUAAACUGGUUUUAUUAAAUUCCUUCAUAACAUCUAAGAAUGUUGUUUUAUACUCUGUUGUUAUAGUUGAGCCUGUUAAAAAAUUGUUUGUUUGUACAAAAAAUAUAUCUUUGACAAUGCCACUAAUUUCAGUGGUCACUGCAAUGACUCGGCCUGCAAAGAGAAAUAUGUUAGCCUGUUUUUUUUAAUGCGAGGUUACAUUCCCAACACACCAGGGUGUUUGGGCGGAAUAGCUCAGGUACUUGCAAGAAUGCACUAUGUAACAGUUUUGUGAAUGGGUACAAUUCUGAGCUGAGGAUUUUGCUUUGUGAAACGCAUGUGUGCAAAUACCUGUGGUUUAAAUCCCCUCAGUUUUACUGGUUAAUAAUUCUGAGGGGCCAUGCGUGUUUUGUGUUUAAUCAGGUUCUAUUGUCUGUUUUAUGCCAUUUAAUCACUACUUACACCCAGCAUUUUUUUUAAGUCAAUGUGUGCCUGAGUUGCUUUUAAAGUUGUCGAUGAGCUUGUAAUUGUGGGUGGAAACUACGGUGUAAAUAGAAGUGCAUGUAGAAAAUUUGCACAGAUGUGUUUUUAAAUUCUGAAAUGUAUAUUGCCAAACUUUGUAUAUUUGUCAUUUUAAUUUAUUUUGAGUGGUUAUGGAGAUAUUAUUUAAUAGGAAUUGAGGUUUAAUUUAACAGCUCUGUAGAGCUUUAUAUGGUUCAGAAAGCAUUACCACUUUACUGCUAUUGUUCCUUAGUGGUCUUCAGUGAGAGAACGUUAUAGAAUAAAAUAUUACGUAGUCUCUUAGAUAAUGUACGUACCAUAAAAGAAACAUUUUUUUAAAGCCUGUGAAGAGCUAAUAAUACCAAACAAAAAAUGUCAAACGGUAUUUUCUCAAAUGAGAAAUAAACACUGUUGUGCUG